AUGAGAUACUUCUUCGCUCUCCCCGUUUUGGCUAUUUCGGCCCUUGCCAUGCCCACGAAUGACGGCCAUAAGGGCGAUGAGGCCGUAGCAGAGACUGUCUGCGAAAGCCACCAGACAGUUGUUUGCAGCGGAAACGGAAACGGUGGUCUGCUUUCUCUGGGUAACCUCCUCUCUGGCCUUCUUGGUGAGAGCUGCUCCGGUGGUGAUGUCUACUGCUGCUCGCAGAAGGACGUGGAACAGGUCGGCCUGAUCAACUUGGAUCUCAACUUGCAGUGCAGCUUGAACCACCUGCUCUAG